UUUCUGCUUAAUAACUUGUCAAGGCUUUGUAUUUUACGUCUUGAUCAUGCUGAUUUACAGCAACCUAUUGCUAAGGGGAUGUAUGCGAACCAUUUCAAUAAUUCAUGUAAUUUAUCUUGUCCUAAUUAUAGCUGAACAAAUGGCACAAAUGCAUGUAAUUUGUCAUAAUUCAUCCUCAGGAUACGUAGGAACUCAAUGAUGCUAUUUUCUUUUUAAAUCUUUCUAUGACUAAAAGAUGCAUAUGUAUCUUUGCUGAUGUUAGGAUCUAAGUUGGCUAAAACAGUGUAUGCUGUUUCAAUACCUGCUAUAUGCUUUGAAUUGUUGAAACCUGAGUGCAGUCUUUGCGAAAUGUUAUCUUGAUGUAUACCUGCUAGACAGAGUUUGCAAGCAGAGUUGAGCAAAAUCAUAGCUGGCUGUUUUUGUAAAUGCAUUCAACUGUUGUUUAGCUUCAAGAUGCUGAACAUUGUUGAUUGAAUUUUCAACCUUCAUAUGGUUGAUAGACUUCUUUUUUAAUCUCAUUUUUAUAAGUUUGUCACAUAGCUUAUGGAAGUGCUCAUUCUUUAUGGUGCUUGCCUGUCUUUUACAUCAGUUUCUUAAUCCUAGUGGUAUAGCAGCUAUAAUAUUUUGGUGCUCAAGUAGACAGUGGGAGGUGUGUAUGAGUAGUUGUAGAGAAAUUACUUCUCCUGUGAAUGCCUGUCAUGAAGGGACAAGUGAACCCUGUGCAUUUAACUGCAUAUCUGGUUAUGAUGUUAUCCAGUAUUGUUCAAAAUGCCAUGAUCUACAAUCCCUUUUAUUGUCUUAUAUGUUGAGAUCUGUAUUAUCCAGACUACCUCUCUCUUUUGUGACUGUAUAUAGACAACUUGUUCCACUUGUCAAGAGAUACAUGUCCUAGGCACUUCCUUGGGUAUAUUAUGUUUCUUAUUUGGUUACAGACACAAAGAAGAGCUAGGAUUCGAAAAUUAUGGCUUGAGGAGGGUGCAAGGAAGGCUGCUGAAGAGUUGGAGAAAUAAUUAUGAGACCACUGAACAUUGGAUUAAAAGGGAUUUGAAACUUAUGGACCAAUCAAGCGGCUGCAUAUAAGCAAGCUGAUGGUCGGAAGAUAGACAAUAAAAGAGUACUUGUUCAUGUUGAGCAAGGAAGAUCAGUGCCAAAUUGGCGACCUCAAAGGUUGGGUGGUGGACUUGGAACAACCAGGACCGGAGGGGAAGAAGUUAAUCAGAAGCAUUCUGGCAGGGAGCAGCAGCAAUGUGCAUCAGGACAUUCUAGAUCAGAGGAGUCAAGAGCAGAAGAUGAUCGUCAGGUGGACAGCAUCUAUCAGUUAUUCAUUUUUCAAUGGGUGGACAUGGAGAAGUCUCGAGAAAGGGGACGGGAUCGAGAGCGAGAAUGGGAGAGGCCCCGUGAACGUUCCCAUGAUAGGUCAUGGGAGUGAAGGGAUGACAGACAGUACCACCAUUGGGACCGAGAUAGAAACAGAGAAAGGGAUAGAGAGGGGAAAUGAGUGUGGCAGAGAAAGGGAGAGAGAACGUGGUCGUGAUCGGGGUCAUGGCAGAGAUAAGGAAAGAGAACGUGGUCGUGACACUGACCGUGAACAUGAUAGUCAACCUGAAAGGGACCAGGUGCAUGAGAGAGACUAUGAUCAAGCUGGCUAUGAAAGGGACCAUGGUUAUUCACAUGACAAAGAAGCUGGAUAUGGUAGUGAGUCGAAGCAUGGCAGGGGAAGCUGCAUAAAAUCCAGCAGCUGAGGUUGGUUCGGUUGCCGGUGGUUGCCACUGGUAUGUCGUCUUUCUGCGUCUUCCAUUCAGUAUGUCACUUGUUAUCAGUUUCUGCUAAUCUUACAACAUGAAAAUCUCUGAAUUUGUCGUGGGAAAAUACUUCAUGCAAUUAUUUCUCA